AUGUCUCCCUCCGUCCAAGAGAACGAGGUUCCUCUCACUCAGACCAAGUCCAACACCCAGGUCCCAAUCCCCAUUGACAACGAAGAUGGCACUGAGAACGCUGUCGAAGUACCAGCAACCCGAAGUGCCAUGGCCGACACCACUGGCUACAUGCACAACCUCUCCCUCCAGCCUUCCAUGAAGGAGAGGAGAGGAUCCCGCAACUCAUUCGGUACCUCAUUGCCCAUCCCCCGUUCCAAGAGGCAAUCACGUCUCUCAUCCGUUCACUACCCCGAUGGCCGUGGUGCUGCCGUCCGCCCUGGCAUGCCCCCGAUCCAGCCAUCCCGCGACAUCAUCGCUGCUCAGCUCCAAGACCUCGCUGGCGAGAAGGUUCGUGCCGCUAAGGACAUGGCCUUCGUCUUCGACAUUGACGGUGUCCUUGUCCACGGUGACCGUCUCAUCCCCGAGGGUCAGCGCGUCCUCGAGAUCUUGAACGGAGACAACGAGCUCGGCAUCAAGAUCCCCCACAUCUUCCUUACCAACGGAUCUGGUAAGCCCGAGCAAGCCCGUGUUGACCAGCUCUCCAAGAUUCUCCACAACCCCAUCUCGACCGAGCAGUUCAUCCAGUCGCACACUCCCAUGCGUGCCUUGUCCGAGUACUACAAGACCGUCCUCGUUGUCGGUGGAGAGGGCUACAAGUGCCGUGAGGUCGCCGAGCAAUACGGCUUCCAAGACAUUGUUGUCCCCAACGACAUCAUUGCUUGGGACCCUACCAUCGCCCCUUACCGUGUCUUCACCGAUGAGGAGCGUGCGACUUCCCGCCCUCGCGACUUCAGCAAGGUCAACAUUGAAGCCAUCAUGGUCUUCUCUGACAGCCGCGACUACGCCACCGACAUCCAAAUCAUCAUGGACCUUCUCCAGUCUGAGAACGGCAAGUUCGGAACCCGUGCUGCGGACCCCGUCUCCCAGCGCAUCCCCAUCUACUUCUCUCAGGGUGACAUGCUGUGCCCUACUGAGCACCCCUUCCCCCGUAUGUCCCAGGGAGCCUUCCGCAUUGGUCUCGAGGCCAUGUACAAGUCGCUCACCGGUGUUGAACUCGAGCGUGUUGUCUACGGUAAGCCUGAAUUGGCUACCUACAAGUACGCCGACGAGGUCAUCGCUUCCUGGAUGGAGACCAUCCACAACGACGAGAAGCUGCCCGCCAACAUCUACAUGAUUGGUGACAACCCUGCUUCCGAUAUCGUCGGUGGUAACAUGUACGGCUGGAACACUUGCCUUGUCCGCACUGGUGUCUUCCAGGGUGGUGACAACGACGAGAACAACCCUGCUUCUUUCGGUGUCUUCAAGAACGUCUUCGAGGCUGUCACCACUGCCAUGAAGAAGGAGCUCGGCCAGGACUUCAAGUUCAAAUUUGACGAGAAGAUCAACCCUGUUAUGGCUGAGGGUGGCUCUUCUGCCAUCGCUUAA